GGGACAUUGCUUUCUUUGUCUCCGGUCACGGAUGGGGAAGAGCCGCCAGAGGUUUGCACGGGCUGAGAAAUUCAGCAGCGAAGGCGACACUGGGUGCGGGGAGCCAUCCUCUGCCUUUGCUCAAGUGGAGCAUCCCUGGGGAUCCCUGCUGCUGUGGCUCUGCAUCAGCCCCUGGGACCCCUUUGGGACCGGGCACCAUUGCCGACCAUCUUUACAAAAGGUUUAACAAGGGAAGAGAACUGCCAGGGGGCUUCACCCAGGGAGCCCUGAGAUUGGGACAGAGUUGACAAAGCCCCUGACGAAAAGGCAGCGAUUUCUCAGUGCCGGCGUGCCAGCCGCGUGGCACCGUGUGUGGAAGAGCGUGGUGAAACAUCCCACCCCAGAACGCUGCCGUUGGUGUCGGCUGCGCCAGCACGGCCGCACCAGCCCAGCUCACUCCCAGGGCCCCGGGGGGGGCUCGCAGCAGGGUUCUGCAGGGGGUGUACCCGCAGCUUGGACCCCCUUCCCACGCUGUGUGGAGCCAUGCACGCACUGUGUGCCCUGGCCGGGCUGUCGGCGCAGGGCUGGAGCAAGGGGAGCGGCGAGAGGAGCGGGAUGCAGGCUGAGAGCAUCCCUGCCCGCAGCGAGGAGGGCGAGCGCUGUGGCCUCAGCAGGGAUCUCCGCCGACACGCAGGCACUGCGUGGAGACUGGCGCCUGGAGGAGGAUGCUUCCAAAAACUGUGCCCGGGAUCAGGGUUGGCCUGGCCAGGCCCGCAGUGGUGUCACUGCGCUCGGGACCCCCGUGCCAUGAUCACAUCCCGCAAAACCUGGGAUCUGGGAUCCGUGCCCUCCGCCAGAGCCGCCUGGAAGCUGAAGGGUCUUCCCCCGGACGGCCCCGGGCAGGACACGCUGGUCACUGGCAGCGGAGCGGGUGCCUCUCCCCAGGUUCCUCUGCUGCCGGCGCUGGUUCACAGUAAAAUCUUCGGCGUGAGCUGGCCGGACGCCGCAGUCCCCGACGGGUUCUGCCUGGCUCUCCAGGCCCUGCGGGAGACGGCGGGCGAGCGGCGGGGGGAAAGCGGGCACCAGGCCCUGACACCAGCCACGGAGGAGCCGCCAGCGUCCCCCCACAAGCCGGCAGGUGCCACGCUGGUGCAGGCAGCCUCCACCAUGAACCUGGAGAAAGCAGGAGGGAGGCUCUGCGGUGGGAAACGUGCCAGCCUGCCGGCGGCCCGGCCCUUCCCAGUGAUCCAGAAGGUGAUGGCCUCCAUGGCGCAUCUGCAGGAGGAGAAGCUGCGGCUGCAGGAGGAGGUGGUGGGGCUGCAGGAGAAGCUCACGGCCCGGGAGAACGACGAGCUCUCCCACUCUCUCCAGCUGCAAGGCCAGGUUGAAACUCUGAAGGCGAAGCUCCUGGAGCAGGCGCAGGAGAUCAGCCGGCUGCGCUCGGAGCUGGGCUGCACGGACGCGGAGAAACACCGGGACCUGCUGGCGGCCGAGAACGAGCGGUUGCGGCAGGAGAUGAAGGCGUGCGAGGGGGAGCUGCGGGAGCUGCGGCGGCGGCAGCAGCAGCAGGCACCGUGCCAGGACUGCGCCCACCUCCAGGAGAACACGGAGCUGCAGGAGCGGCUGUCCCAGCUGCAGCGGGAGGCGGAGGAGACGCGGGCCAAGCUGGCAGAGCUGGACCUGGAGGUGCAGCAGAAGACGAACCGCUUGGCUGAGGUGGAGCUGCGGCUCAAGGACUCUCUGGCCGAGAGAGCCGAGGAGGAGGAGCGGCUCAGCCGGCGGCUGCGGGACAGCCAGGAGACCAUCGCCAGCCUCAAGUCCCAGCCCCAGCAGAUAAAGUACAUCAUCAAGACGGUGGAGGUGGAGUCAGCCAAGGCGAAGCAAGCCCUGUGCGAGAGCCAGUCCCGAAACCAGUACCUGCAGGAGCAGGUGGGGAUGCAGAGGCAGGUGCUGAAGGAGAUGGAGCAGCAGCUGCAGAGCUCCCAAAAGACGGCGGCUCAGCUCCGAGCUCAGAUCAUGAUGUACGAGGCCGAGCUGGAGCGAGCCCAUGGGCAGAUGCUGGAGGAGAUGCAGGCGAUGGAGGAGGAGAAGAACCGAGCCAUCGAAGAGGCAUUUUCCCGCGCCCAAGUGGAGAUGAAGGCGGUGCACGAAAACCUGGCGGGCGUCCGGACCAACCUGCUAACACUGCAGCCGGCGCUGCGCACCCUCACCCAUGACUACAACAGCCUGAAGCGUCAGGUCCGCGACUUCCCCCUGCUCCUCCAGGAGACCCUGCGGAGCGCCAGGGCCGAGAUCAGCCAAGCCAUCGAGGAGGUGCACAACACCAACCGGGAGCUGCUGCGCAAGUACCGGCGGGAGCUGCAGCUCCGCAAGAAGUGUCACAACGAGCUGGUGCGGCUGAAAGGAAACAUCCGUGUUUUUGGACGAGUCCGCCCCAUCAUGAAGGAGGACGGUGAGGGCCCGGAGGCGGCCAACGUGGUGACCUUUGAUGCCGAAGAUGAUGCCGUCCUGCACCUCCUGCACAAGGGGAAGCAGGUGUCCUUCGAGCUGGAUAAGGUCUUCCCCCCGCAAGCGUCCCAGGAGGAGGUGUUUCAGGAGGUCCAAGCCCUGGUCACCUCCUGCAUCGAUGGCUACAACGUCUGCAUCUUCGCCUACGGGCAGACAGGGGCAGGAAAAACCUACACAAUGGAGGGAACAGCAGCAAACCCCGGGAUCAACCAGCGGGCCCUGCAGCUCCUCUUCUCCGAGGUGCGGGGCAAGGCGGCGGACUGGGAGUACGCCAUCAGCGUCAGCGCCGCCGAGAUUUACAACGAAGCGCUCAGGGACUUGCUGGGGAAGGAGCCGCAGGAGAAGCUGGAGAUCAAGCUGUGUCCCGACGGCAGCGGGCAGCUCUACGUGCCCGGCCUGACCGAGUUCAGCGUGCAGAGCGUGGAGGACAUCAACAAGGUCUUCGAGUUCGGCCACGUCAACCGGGCGACGGAGUGCACCAACCUGAACGAGCACAGCUCCCGCUCCCACGCCCUCCUCAUUGUCACCGUCCGUGGCCUCGACCGCAGCACGGGGCUCCGUACCACAGGGAAGCUGAACCUGGUGGACCUGGCAGGCUCGGAGCGGGUCGGGCGGUCGGGCGCGGAGGGCAGCCGGCUCCGCGAGGCGCAGCACAUCAACAAGUCCCUCUCGGCCUUGGGCGAUGUCAUUUACGCCCUGCGCUCCCGGCAGGGCCACGUGCCCUUCCGCAACUCUAAACUCACCUACCUGCUGCAGGACUCGCUCAGCGGCGACAGCAAAACUCUCAUGAUGGUGCAGGUCUCCCCCGCCGAGAAGAACACCAGCGAGACGCUGUGCUCCCUGAAGUUUGCCGAGAGGGUUCGCUCCGUGGAGCUGGGGCCCGUCUCCCGCAAGGCUGAGCUGGCCUCCUGGCCCAGCCAGGAGCAGCUGGAGGGUGACUCUCCAGGGACCUCAGCACCCCCCGGCCGGGGCCACGCGUCCCCCAGCCCAGGGCAGCUCUCCAGCCGCGCCGCCUCCAUCCGCAGGAAGCUCCAGACCACAGGGAAGCUGAGGCCAGUCCCUGUGUGACGAGUGCCAGCCCCGGUGCCAAGGUGCUACGGAGAGCCAGCUGCUGGAGGACUCAAAGGCUUCGGUGCCGUCCCUUCACCCACCAGGACCCGCUACCAGAGGGUGACAGCAUCUCUCCCCAUGAACAGUGCAGGGCCAGGGUCUCCCAGCAGCCAGACCCCCCCAGCUCAGAUCUGGGGGGCACUAGCCGUGGGCAAGGGAUCUGACACCCCUCCUUGGACUUUAUAUUUUUUGCUGGAUGGCUGGGGGCUCCAGCUUUCUUUUUCCGACAGUAGAGGUUUGUGGCUGGAGGUGGGGUUCAGAGCCAGGCGAGCUGCUCCCCUCCCCGAAGGGCCAGCCUGGCUGCGGCUCCCCCAAGACUGCAUCUGGGCAGCUCCUGCUGUCUUCUGAAGGAGGACCCCCUCCUUUUUAAGCCAGAAAAAACCAAACCUCCCAGCAGCUCCUUUCCUCAUAGGUUUCCCAAGCCCUCUUGUUGCAUGAAGGCGCCCCGGUGCCAUGCAUGAGCCGAGAUGCCGUUCAUCGUGGUGCCGGCGCUGCCAUGGGCCCCGCACCCACCGCCGCAGCACAGAGAGAGAGCGGUCGCAGGGCUGCCCGUGUUACACGGCACCAGGGUGGAUUUAGCGGUCUCGAAUGAAGUUGUUGUAAAGUUAUUUACCUGUUGUCUUGUCAAGAGAGAUCACAGUGUGGUCGAGAUGAAAGUGUUUGAAAUAUUUAUACCCUGUUUACAUGGUCUCGGAAUGGAAAACAAGUGGAGCACAAACAAAAAAAGCAACCUAAACCUCCAGCCCAAAAGCCUGUUGGUUUGUGGUGGCUGAUGGGGAGGGUCAGAGGAGAUGGCACUGUCCCCCGCAUCUCCAAGCACCCUCCUGUGGGUGCACUUCCUCCUGCUGCAAAUAACCAACUGGAUGCACUGAUGGCUCCUUCCCCCCGCGGCCCUCUCCUCCCACCCUUCCACAGCAUAUUCUAUUUAAGAAGGAAAAAAAAAAAAAAAAAAAAAGGGAAGACAAACUUAGCCUUUUGUAAGAUUAGAUGUUUCUAUG